AUGACUGUGGACCAGCUGUGCAGAAAGCAGAAAGCACUCUUGGAGUUGGAUGCGGAGCACCCGCAGAGAGUCCCCGGGGCAGAGCAGGGAGGGGUCCCUACCCCCCAAGUCAAGCUGAAAGAGAGGCAGAAGUUCUUUGAGGAGGCCUUCCAACAAGACAUGGAGCAGUACCUGUCUACUGGCUACCUGCAGAUCGCUGAGAGGCGAGAGCCAAUAGGAAGCAUGUCAUCCAUGGAGGUGAACGUGGACAUGCUGGAGCAGAUGGAUCUGAUGGACAUGUCUGACCACGAGGCCCUGGAUGUGUUUCUGCACUCUGGGGGAGAGGAGAACAGCGCUGCUUCACCUGUCACAGGUCCUGAUGUUGAGUCCUUCACCACAGAGAUCAGUCUCCAGGUUCCCACCCAGGUUGAGCUACGCCACAAGCUUUCUUCUCUUUCAUCCACCUGCACUGACUCAGCCAGCCAGGACACAGAGGCCGGGGAGGAGGAUGAGGAGGAUGAUGAAGAGGAGACGGAGCAAGGAGGAGGUGGUGUUGGAGAAUCAGGGGGAGGGGGGAGGAGGAGACGGCCGCCGGUGGUGGUGACCCUGGAUGAAGAGGAGGUGCACCCCGAUACAGCGUUGGUGGAAAGGGUGGACCAAGAGGACCAGACCAAAAAAGACUGUGAGGAGAGCAGGCUGAAGGUUUGA